UGCAGGAGCAAAACGAGCAGGGCUCAGCAAGAUGUUUAUAGUCAACGCCUCGGGUGGUGCAGCAUUCACGUUUGAGCCCCACGGCCAAUCAGGGACCCAGCAUGCGACAUGUGCGACAUGCAGACAGACCAGGCCUCGUACCAGGCAAUUACUUUUCACGCCUACCAGAAGCAUAAUAUGGGACCAUUACAGGGCACCGCGCUGAGUGUAGAGGAAGCUCCGCAAGCCACCCAAGGUUGCCAAGAGGUCCGCCGAGGACAACUCUGCUUAGCCUACUUGGCGCGGGAGGACCUCAAUUCACCAAUCGCACUUCUUCCUUGCACAACGUGGACCUCCAAAAUGGGAUGUAGCACCAGGGUCAUCGAGCGCAGGCGGCCUUCGCCUCGUCGAGGUGACACAGGCCACGGAGGUCGCGAGCGUCUAGUAUGCACACUCCGUUUCCAUUGGAUCCGUUGGGCAGUUGGAUUCUCGAGGACCCCGAAAGUACGCCUGCCAAUACCGCCGACGAGCAGCCUUGCAGAUUCGAGCCGGGAAGAUGAUGCACAGCACCGCUGGUUACCUCCGGUGCAGUUCGUUUGCGAAGUCACUGCGCCGUGCCUCGAUGCCCAGAUGCCCGGAUCGUCCCCCUAGGCUUUACCUAAGCACUCUUCCGCAUGCUUGUCCUCGCCUAGGCCAUCCAAGACUGCUUCGCUUUCUUGACGGGCGUGGCGAUUUGAUAUGCGUCGCUGGGCAUGCGUACAUGGCUGGGAGAUCUCCAUGUGCCAGUAUCGCUCUCUUGUCACUCGAGUCGAAGAGAUUGAGACUGCCGUAAUCAUCGAGAAUGGCAAUUGGUAGGCACCAGCUCGCAUAGCGAGCCGCUGCGCCAUUUCGAGUGUGGUGAAGCCCUCCACGCCGCACGCAGUGUCUCGCAGCUGACAGCCGCGGUCCAAUCCGCCUGAGGCAGCCACCAUCCUUCACCCCACGUGCAUGGACCAUUGCUAGAAGAACAUGCGCUGGUGCCGUGCAGCCGAGUGGCAAU